GUGCAUCACAGCAAUUGAGAAUUGAGAAAAAGAAAGCGCGAUAAGAGGAUCAGAGAAAAUGUUACCGGAGACGGCGAGUUCAAUGCCGGCGGCAUAUGUUACCGGUCUGAAUUUAAAGGAAACAGAGCUAACGUUAGCUCUACCGGGAGAAACUCGUGCAGAGACUCCAUCGAAGAGUAACAGUAAACGAUCAUUCUCUGAAACCGUGGAUCUGAACCUUGGGAGCUCUAGUAAAGAUAAAUUGGAAACCAAUUCCUCCUCCAAUGCCAAAAGACUACCGGCGGGAAAAGCACAGGUGAUUGGGUGGCCGCCGGUGAGGUCAUUCAGGAAGAACGUCUUGAAGAGCUGUAGAUACGUAAAGGUGGCCGUAGACGGAGCACCGUAUCUACGGAAGGUAGACUUGGAGUUGUACAGUAGUUAUGAACAGCUCUUGAGCGGUUUGGAGAAGAUGUUCACCUGCUUCACCAUUUGUAAUUAUAUAAAUGAGAGGAAGCUUAUGGACCCUGUUAAUGGAGCUGAAUAUGUACCUACUUAUGAAGACAAAGAUGGUGAUUGGAUGCUGGUCGGAGAUGUUCCUUGGAAAAUGUUUGUUGCUUCAUGCAAACGGAUUAGAUUGAUGAAAAGUUCAGAGGCAAUUGGAUUAGCACCAAGAACGCCUUCAAAAUGCACAAGCACAAACUGAGGAAGGAGCCCUUGGAAGGAUUUCUUGAUUGAUAACAACACCAUAUGUACAGACACUUAUCUUACCGCCCCUCCUGGGAAGUUUUGACUAUCUAUGCGUAAAUUAUACACUUCAAAUUACUGGUGCA